GCACUAUGCAACUCUACGGAAUGCAAUGGAUUCUCUGAUCUCAGGCGGGCCUAAUCUUUAUUGAUCAAAGACCACAGAGAGUGGGAUAACGUUCACAUUUAAGAGCAAAUCUGGCUAAUCUAGGAGCUUCUACAUACAAAGUGUGAUACAUACACAUACAAAGUCAGGAAUAUUGGACUGGACUACUCAUCUCCCCCACCGCCAUCCACCGCUCGGCCCAGCUCGGCCUCACGUCAGGAACAAUGGGCCUUAGCCCAUCAUUCGCCCAUCGCAGCAGACGGCACAUAUAAAUGGCGAUCCUCCCUUCCACGCCGCCCCCUCCUCCCACCUAGGGUUCCACCAGAGAGCAAAGGGGAUCGGGUGUCAGUUAUGCGCCACCGCCUGCCGUGCGCCCAUCUUCCCCCUCUCGCCGUCGCAAUCGCCGUCGGAUGCCUCGAAUGAGGAUCCAGUGCUGCUUGCGAACAGGCGACCAAAUAAGCAGCCCCCCCUUUGGGAGCUGCAGUCCCCAAUCGAAUCAGCAAGAGCAGCAGCUCUUUUGGGAGCGGCGAUCUGCAAUCAAGCGGCUCCUCUUCGAGCUGCAACCGGCAAUCCAAGCAAUCAAACGGCUCCUCUCUGAGCCGCAGUCGGAAAUCAAAGCGGCUCCCUUUUUUAGUGGCUAAUCCGGAAUCAAAGCAGUCCUUUCCGGAUUACAAUCAGAAGCAGGUCCUGUUUUGAAUUCAUUAUCCGAGUCUCCAUUGGUGGCGGCAACCCAGCAGAUAUAUACAUAUCUGGCCGGGCGGACACCGCGCUUCUCGCCUCCAAUCUUCGGAGGAGACGGCAACUCGUGAGCCAAUUCACGGUGACCAAUUAUCCAAUUCUUCUCGGGCCUCGGCGGAUCUACGCAGGAGCCAUGGGGAAAGGCAGUAGAGAUGAUAGGCUCAGUGCAUUGCCUGACGACAUUCUGGUCAACAUUCUUGACCGACUCAAUGUCCCAGAGGCUGCAAGAACCAGCAUCCUUGCCAGACGGUGGGGUCAGCUCUGCGCCAAGCUGUCUCGGCUUAUAAUAAGCGUGCAGGACUUCCUGCCCGAGGGUGUGUUACACACCAACGUCUCUGUUGAAGAAUUGGUCCGGACCAAUGCGGCUGUGGUUCAAGCGACAGAGAGCAUACUGGCACGCAGAAAUCCAGGUGAACACACCAUCCGCCUUCUAUCUACAACAUUCUACUUGAGAGAUGAUGCCCCCCUAUCCAUCGGACGUGCUGUUGGUCAUGUCAUGGCAACACACUUGGUUGAGGUUGCCAAAUUCACUGUUAGGACAGGGAAGGAUGACAUCGCUGAAAUAGAUGAUGAUGAACUAAUCACCUGUGCUAGAAAAUUCAUGGUGUUCUUUGAUGCUUGUUCAAAUGCAUUUGGUGGUCUCACUAGCCUUGACCUAGAGAAUUUGAGAUUUGGUGAAUCAGACAUAUCCAGCAUCCUAGUCUCCUGCAAGCAGUUGAAGCAUCUGCACUUGUACAAUUGUGACUGUGGUGAACACAGCACGCUGCAAGUUGACCAUGCUCAUCUCAGUGAGCUUUGUAUUGUCCAGUGUCUUCUCUCUCAUGUUAAGCUCAGCUGGCUCCCUCAACUCACACAGUUAGUGUUUGACGGCUGGAUAGAUUAUGACGAUCCACUAUUUAUUGGUCAUGUCCCAUUGCUCAAGGCUGUAAGCCUCACAAAUGUUGCCCUUAGUUCCAACAAAAUGUUCAAGUUAAGUGAGUUUCUUAGCAGUACGUCUGUACAAAAUCUGAAGUUGGGAUUUAAAUCCGAAAAGAUUUGGGUUCAACCAGAAUGUCCAACGCAAAGUCUGGCGUCUGUGUUUCGCCAACUAAGGUUUGUGAAUCUGGUUAAUAUUCCUGAAGGGUAUGAUCUCACCUGGACAAUGUUUAUUCUUGAAGCUGCACCCUUACUGAAGGAUCUAUACAUCACAGUAUGGGAUCAUGCGUGUUCAAUGGAGAUGGAUGAGGAGAAGAGGAAAAAAGAAUUAUAUAGCGAGGACAAGGGUGUAGAGUGGGAUGAGGCCGCAGCUGAUUUCCAACACCGGAGUUUGGUUACACUUGUCAUCUGUGGCUUUGAAUCUGAAGAUUGCUUUGUGAAUUAUGUCAGACGUGUUAUGACAGCGGCCGUGAAUCUGGAGGAUGUGUUCCUGUAUAGUAGGUUGGACUGUGACAACUGCAAAGACGAGAAGAAGAUCAGGUUCCCCUGGACUAAAAGGCAGAGGAUUUCAUUGAAGAAGAGAAUAACUGUGGGGAUCGAGUCCUUUGCCAUAAUUCACUCCAGCAAGAUGGUGAGGGAUGAUCAUCAAGCAAAAAUUCUGUACCCGGAGUGCUCACGGUGACGCAAGAUCAUUGCAGUUGAGUCAUCUAUUUUGAAACGGAGAGAGUAUGUCAUGAGCCAAAUGGAAGCAAUCUGCAAGUAUUGGUGUAUAUGGAGCCAGGAUGUCUGCAUCUCCAUUGCAAGCGUUGAUGACCUCCAGACAAUCUGAUUCACCUAGUACCCUCAAGCAUCCAAUAUGAUGAACAAGCUGAAGGCCACUUUGGACAGCCAGAGCUUCUGCUGUCGCUGCACUUGCAGCAAAAUCAAACGGUUUAGCCACACCUGCAACUGCUUCUUUUCGAACAACGAUGCGUCUGUAUUCAGUUUAUAUGAUCCGAUGAUGGGUUUAACCCAGACAGCUUUAACGGGGACACUUGACUGCUUCAGUGCUGAAUUAGUAGUGAUCGCAUGAAUAGCAAACGCUGUACUUUCUGGA